CCUCCUGUCCACCCCUCUCCUCUCCUCUCUUCUUCUUCUCCUCCUGUCCUACUUUCUCCCGAUGAGUUCCUAUUUCGUCAACUCCACUUUCCCGGUAACGCUACCGGGAGCGGGCGCCGGCGGGCAGGCGGCGGAGUCGUUCCUGGGUCAGAUCCCGCUGUAUUCGUCGGGCUACGCGGCGGACCACCCGCUCCGGCACUACUCGGGCGCAGCGGCCGCCUCCGCCGCCGCCGCCGCUGCCGUCGCGUACGGCGCGAGCGGCGGCGGUGGCGGCGGAGGCGGCGGCGGCGUGCACCAGGAGAAACCGUAUUCCGCGUCCACGUACUACCAGCAGGCGGCGAACGGAGCGUACGGCGGGCACCGGGCGGCGCAGGGGGUCGGCGUCGGGAGCGGAGCCGGUGCUUGCGACUAUGCCGUGGCGGCAGCGGCGGCCGCGGCGGCGGCGGCGGCCACGAGCUUCUACCGGGACAAGGAGCACGCGUGCAGCCUGGAGGAGCACCAGCUCGCGCUCAGCCAGGAGGGCAUUCACCGGAAAGCGGAGUGCGCGGGGCUCGGUGGGAAAGGGAUGUUCGGCGACCCGAUGGACGACAAGCUGCAGUCGUCCGCCCCCAUUUACCCGUGGAUGCAGCGGAUGAACUCGUGCAACGGGACCUUCGGCAGCCCCGGGAGGCGCGGGCGGCAGACGUACACGCGCUACCAGACGCUCGAGCUGGAGAAGGAGUUCCACUUCAACCGGUACCUCACGCGGCGGCGGCGGAUCGAGAUCGCGCACGCGCUCUGCCUCACGGAGCGGCAGAUCAAGAUCUGGUUCCAGAACCGGCGGAUGAAGUGGAAGAAGGAGAACAAGCUCAUCAACGCUUCCUCGUCUUCGUCCUCCUCCUCCUCCUCUUCGUCCACGGUGAACGGCGCGGAGGAGGAGGAGAAACAGACGGAGUAAAAGGAGGAGGAGGAGGAGGACAAAAAAAUGUUGAAAAAAAAGACUGAUGGGAGACACAUAAAAAGAGGGAGAUGGAAGGAAAAGACAUGUUGACCCCCCUCCCCCCUUCCCGCGUCUCGAAGUUCGUCCAGACACGUGUCUGAUGUGAACACUCUGGGAUAGAUAAACGGAGCCUACCUAUUAUUAUUAUUAUUAUUACUUUUUUUUUACCUGAGCAAGCACGUGCAAGAAAUAUAGGGAUAAGAGGAUUACGUUUUUUUUGUUUUUUUGGAAGAGAUAAUUUGAAGAUGAGAGUAAAGAAAAAGAAAAACACUUUAAAAAAGGAGAAGUGGUGGUGCGUUCAAAGUGUAUUUAAAAAUACAGUAAACGAGAAACCCGCCGGCCAACGGCCUCCUGUUGCAUUCCAAGAAGAACCCGCCCAACUUCUCAUUGUACUUAUAGUUUUAAUCCUCUUCCUUUUCCCUCAGGCACUUGUUUGGGGGUUUUUUGGAAAAUAUUUAGGACCCCUACAAAUUACUAUUAUUAUUAUUAUUAUUAUUGUUUUUAUUUUUGUAAAAGUGUUGUAUUAUACAUAACGCGUAGUUGAGGACGAGCUA